AUGACGAAAAACAUUCAAAGCUGUUUUUCCUUUAACUUUAAAAGUAUUCUCAUUGAUGAGAUAGGCCUCAAUGGUUUAGAAGGCAUUAGCCUUGAUUUUCUCUGGAAACGUAUGGGAAGUAGAUUAUCAUGUACUCUUACACCGAAAAUAAUAUGCAAAUUUUGGAACUUCUUAUCGUCUUCGCAAUCUAUAUCUUUUUACAGUCUAGAUACGCCUGUACCCAGGAUAGAUGUAUUGGAUCGAUUCACAUUAGUUGAUGAAGAAUCUGGUCAAUUGUUGGAUCCUCCUACAGCCAUUGAUGGGCCAUAUGAGUUCUGUCUGAUUGAAGGGGAAUAUGGAUCAAGUGCUAAUUACAAAACCAGAUCACCAAUACCCUUUAAACUCAUAAGUACAAAGACAUAUGAGGAAAUUGUAGAAAAAUAUGGUGAUACAUUAGUAAUAGUAGCAUCAAUAGAAGUGAGAUGGCAGGCUCUGGCCCCGCAUUUACCUAUAUGCCUUCUAUCUUCGCUGUCACCAGUUCAUUAUUGUAUAUUAGAGCUGGUUGGCAAAGGGAGAGGAAAUGGACAAAUGACCAUUGGCAAUACUAAUCUUACUAAAAUAGUGAAAGAGUCUAAACUUCUUUUUUACAAUAGAAAAACAUUGCAAAACCUAGAUUUAAUAAGAGUGCAAUGUGUUACACAAGUCAUGGGUGAUAGGGGUAUGAAGAGUUUAUUGUUACGACUGAAACGUUUCCAUGAGCCAUUUGUGAAGUCUCAACCAAAGAUAGGCAAAAUACGAGAUUUAUUUGAAUAUCUCCUUAAACAACCAAAUUAUAGUGAAAGAAAUGAGGAGAUGAUUAGAAUGGGAUAUCUAACUCCUCAUCAAAGUAAACGACUACAAAAAACUAUUAAUAUUUUUAAAUUUGAAGAAAAAGAUGAAAAGAAAAAGAAGCAUAUAACACUUAUAUCUCCAAGUGAUGAAUCAUCUCAUUCAGAAGAUGAGACCCCUGCAACCCCGCUUAGGUGCCAAUAUAAGGUUGGAGUCAGUCUUUUGAGACAAGCAUAUGAACGAUUCGUCGAUGCUGGCUUAAAGGGCUUGACUCAAAUUGAAAUAGCUCAACUACUCGGCAUAGAGUUUUACACGAGCAGAAUAAUUUGUCGGAUCUUUAAAAACAGAGGACUAGUUAGCGAGUUCCUUGAGGAUAAGGGUAGACAGAGGACUGCAAGAUAUAUAGCGGUAGCUGCAACUAAGGAAAUUAAUAAUAUUUACGCUGAAGAAAAACAAAAACUCUUAGAUCAUGUAACUAAAAAUAGGAAACGGUGCAAAUCGGUGGAAUCUGAAACUCAAGUGAAACGUCGCAAACAAGAAAAUAACGGAGACGAUAAGAAUGAUGAGGACGACCUGGAGAAGUUUAUAACUGAAAUUAGAGUGCUCGAUGGCUUUGAAGAUCGGACUAAGGAAUCCUUGAUCAAUAAUAAAAAGAAACCAACAUUACGGCAAUUAAAGUUUGCAACUGGCAUUUUGAAAGUUGUUAACGAACGGGGUUUCGUCACAGGAUACCAAACAUUAUCCAGUUUCGUGUCUCUAGACACGGGCGAACCGCCGAUGGACACCAAAUCCUUGAAACUGGUGCUUCAAAAGUUAAUUACUGACGGACAAAUAAAAAUUUAUAAGUUAAGAAUAUCGUGCCCCGACAAAGAUAGGUUCUCACUCUGCAUAUGUCCUCCGUACGUCAAGCCUAAUGACUCUCUUUUGAAAGAUCAUUACGCGGAGUUAAGUUACAAAGCCCGAAUGAAGUACAAAACCGCAAAUAAAAAAACAUCCAAGUUCAUAACUCGACCUUUGACCAAGUUCGCGUACCCUCGCUAUAUGAAAAUUCAAAAGCUACACGAACAAAUUGUACAACUCGUUUACCUUAGCGAAUACAAAUCUAAUUUUAUUCCGGGAUUCGCUUCCUUAAACGAGCUGGUGCCAGAAAUGACAGUGGAAUUCGCAUUGGGGAACAUUCUUUUCGAUAGUGAAAGGCUCACUUGUUCAAAUUUGAAAUAUAGCGACGAAGUGUUGGAAGUGAAACUGAAAGAUGCCCCCGAUAACAUCAGAUACCCUAUUUUAAACUCUAAGAGCCUACAUAACUCUAUAAAACUCAGUUUAAAAUUACUCGCCGUUUUAGGCCUCAUUCAGCUGAUACGAGACCCGGCCUCGUGCGCCAUGGACGAGACUGUUUACCUGAACUUCGUGUUCUACGUAAAUCAACAAGCUAAAAUCUUAGACACUUCCGGUAUCUGGCCGAGACCGAACGAAAGCGACGGGGCUAUAGAAAAGACGUUUUACUUCAAAAGCAUGGAAGACGUGAUGAAAUAUUGGGAGGAAGUGCAGGUGAUAGGGUUAAAUACAACGAUAAGCGGAAUCAAAAGAGAGAGAUACAAGUUCCUGCAACCGCUGAGAAAUGGCAACGAAGUAUUAGAAAACGAUGACGGAACUCGUUUCGGAGACGGAUUGGGUCCGUGCGGAUUCGAUUCGUCUAUCUUCAUCGACAUGCCGCGUUUUUGGCGGACUUUCACCACUAGAUACUCUAAACCGAUAGUCGUAAAAGUCCUGAAAUCCUCAAUGAAAUACAUAAGGGGCUCCAAAUCCGGUUCUAAAUUGAAAAAAGACGAAGCAAAGCAAGUUAAAAAGAAAAAGGGUAACUCUAAACCGAAGCCUAUAGUGAAACCCAAGCCUCUCAGACAGAAACGCCUGACUAGGAGACGCGAGUCUGCCGUGAAAUGGUCGAAACUAGACGAUCAAAUUAUAAACAUGCUGAAAAUUACAGUUGCCGUUAUGGGGCCCGUUCCCGGCUCCAUUAAGGUGAGAAAUUCAGUGGCAAAGAACCUACUUUCGGUUCUCGACCCGGGAAAGUUGGCGUCUCUAUGCCAUCGACGUGCGACAUUUCUAGAAAACAACCCAGAACUUGCGCACGAAAAGAUGUGUAUUCUGAACGAAUUGAGACGUCACACUGACUUAAUAGAAAAGUACGAAGGAUUGUUAAAAGUUCUGAGAGUGAGACACUACGCGAAUCUACCGAAGUUCGUUACAGAAGCAAAAAUACCGAUGCUGGAACUACUUUGGAUAAUAAAUCAAAUCGCUAAGACUAAGCCGUUAAUUCAGCAGACGCCCUGCGUCGCUCGCGACUUGGCCGAAUUUCACAAGAAAUAUAUCGUAUCAUCGUCGACCCAUAUGAAAGUGCACAGCCUGUAUAGGACCGCUUCGGAUAGUCAACCUGAAAUGGCGAUGCUGAAAGAGGGCAUCGUCAUGACGGUCAUGCUAACUUUGGACAGAGAAGUCUCGGAAGAGACGUCUCAAACCAUCUACUCGGUAUUCAAGUUGCACCAGGAGUAUAAUUUACGUGGAGCUAUAGAAGAAUUACGAAAGAGUGGAGCUAUUUCGGCGAGAGAGAAGAUUUUGAAUAAUCGUCUACAUAAAGUACAUUUCAACGAUAUCACCCAAUCCUCGUACAAAAUUUCAUUUUCAUACAGGAGGAGAUGGAUUAACCAGCUUCGUUCGCGUUUCAGUGAGAAUCUAGCGGAGUUUAUGAUAAAAGAGUUGCCGCAAACCGGGUUGAAAGGAUCCUCCGUAAUUAACUGCCUUUUGUUCGAGAUGCAUUCGUGCGAGACCUUAGAAAUAGUGUCCGUAGCCGUCCCGGUCAUCAUGGGGUCGGCCGGCUCCCUCAUUCAAGAAGAAAAGAUGAACAUAAUCGACACGGAAGGGAAAUAUAAGUUGAAAUCCGGUUUAGUCGGUUGGAAAAGCCUAACUAAUCUCAGGACGUUUUCUGAAUUAUUUAGCGAUUUCGAUUUUAAAGAACCGCUAAAAAGUCUCACUAGGAGCUUCGCGACAUUUGAUCAUACGAAAGAUAUCGAUACCGAAGAUGAAAUUAUACAAUAUUUAGACGGGAAACAAAAAAGUGGAGGCACCUUUGCCGAGCUUCAGGACUUUACAGGACUGGACGGGAAAUCCCUCUACGAAAAAUUAAAAAAGUUGGAAGAUGAGGGUACAAUAUUACUAGUCGGUUACUUUGACAAUCGGGCUGUCCUAAAGAAAUAUGCAAAACCGUGGUUCUUCCAGAUCGGAGACACCAAAUUCAUUACACCCGAGCCCUGGCUGACGCUAAAUAACGAAUUACAGUAUAACGUUUUUACUAAUUGGGCAAGUGUAAUCAUGAGUAAAGUUUUCGAGUGUCCCGGAUGCUCUAUUGACUAUUUGUCGAGUUCCUUUGAAUUUAUUUCUACGAGAAGUGUUCAGGAUAUCUGCGAAUUUCUAGAAAAAUUUCAAUGUGUAGAGUUAAAAUGUAUGGAAACCUGUGAAGUAGAUUUAUUCUCCGACGACACUGAACCCGAAUUAAUCGAUUACAAUCCCUACCAAGCCCCCACUAAGAUUAUUGUUUUUCCGAAGAGAAAUUCUCUUACAAAAUUUUGUUAUAUUAAACAUAGGAUAUUGAAAGGUAAUGAAGAGUGA